AUGUUUCGCCGCAGGUUGAACAAGCUGGCCUACACGACAGCCCCUCUGUUCCGUGGCGCCGCGCGCACCGCGAGCAUCACGAGCACCACGAGCCCCGCGAGCCCCGCGAGCCCCGCGAGCGCCACGAGUCCCGCGAGCCCCACGAGUCCCGUGAGUCCCGCGAGCCCCACGAGUCCCACGAGUCCCGCGAGUCCCGCGAGCCCCGCGAGCCCCACGAGUCCCGCGAGCCCCACGAGUCCCGCGAGCCCCACGAGUCCCGCGAGCCCCACGAGCCCCACGAGUCCCACGAGCCCCACGAGUCCCGCGAGCCCCACGAGUCCCGCGAGCCCCACGUGUCCCACGAGUCCCGCGAGUCCCGCGAGCCCCGCGAGCCCCACGAGUCCCGCGAGCCCCAUGAGCCCCGCGAGCCCCACGAGUCCCGCGAGCCCCACUAGCACCACGAGUCCCACGAGCCCCGCGAGUCCUGCGAGCCCCAUGAGCCCCGCGAGCCCCACGAGUCCAGCGAGCCCCGCGAGCCCCACGAGUCCCGCGAGCCCCACUAGCACCACGAGUCCCGCGAGCCCCACGAGCCCCACGAGUCCCACGAGCCCCGCGAGCCCCACGAGUCCCGUGAGUCCCGCGAGCCCCACGAGUCCCACGAGCCCCGCGAGCCCCACGAGUCCCGCGAGCCCCACGAGCCCCGCGAGUCCCGCGAGCCCCACGAGUCCCGUGAGUCCCGCGAGCCCCACGAGUCCCACGAGUCCCGCGAGUCCCGUGAGCCCCGCGAGCCCCACGAGUCCCGCGAGCCCCAUGAGCCCCGCGAGCCCCACGAGUCCCGCGAGCCCCACUAGCACCACGAGUCCCGCGAGCCCCACGAGCCCCACGAGUCCCGUGAGCCCCACGAGCCCCGCGAGUCCCGCGAGUCCCACGAGUCCCGCGAGCCCCACGAGUCCCGCGAGCCCCACUAGCACCACGAGUCCCGCGAGUCCCGCGAGCCCCACGAGCUCCACGAGUCCCGCGAGCCCCGCGAGCCCCACGAGCCCCACGAGUCCCGCGAGCCCCGCGAGCCCCGCGAGUCCCGCGAGCCCCACUAGCACCACGAGUCCCGCGAGUCCCGCGAGCCCCACGAGCCCCACGAGCCCCGCGAGCCCCACUAGCACCACGAGUCCCGCGAGUCCCGCGAGCCCCGCGAGCCCCACGAGCCCCACGAGUCCCUCCCGCGAGUCCCGCGAGCCCCACGAGUUCCGCGAGUCCCGCGAGCCCCACGAGCCCCACGAGUCCCGCGAGCCCCACGAGCCCCGCGAGCCCCGCGAGUCCCGCGAGCCCCACGAGUCCCGCGAGUCCCGCGAGCCCCACGAGUCCCGCGAGCCCCACGAGUUCCGCGAGUCCCGCGAGCCCCACGAGUCCGGCGAGUCCCGCGAGCCCCACGAGUCCCGCGAGCCCCACGAGCCCCACGAGUCCCGCGAGCCCCACGAGCCCCACGAGUCCCGCGAGCCCCGCGAGCCCCACGAGUCCCGCGAGUCCCGCGAGCCCCACGAGUCCCGCGAGCCCCACGAGUCCCGCGAGCCCCACGAGUCCCGCGAGCCCCACGAGUUCCGCGAGUCCCGCGAGCCCCACGAGCCCCACGAGUCCCGCGAGCCCCACGAGCCCCACGAGUCCCGCGAGCCCCGCGAGCCCCACGAGUCCCGCGAGUCCCGCGAGCCCCACGAGUCCCGCGAGCCCCACGAGUCCCGCGAGCCCCACGAGUCCCGCGAGCCCCACGAGUUCCGCGAGUCCCGCGAGCCCCACGAGCCCCACGAGUCCCGCGAGCCCCACGAGCCCCACGAGCCCCACGAGUCCCGCGAGUCCCGCGAGCCCCACGAGUCCCGCGAGCCCCACGACCCCACGAGCCCCACGAGCCCCACGAGCCCCACGAGUCCCGCGAGUCCCGCGAGCCCCACGAGUCCCGCGAGCCCCACGAGUUCCGCGAGUCCCGCGAGCCCCACGAGCCCCACGAGUCCCGUGGACAAGGACAUAACCACUCCUCACAAGUCUCGGGCACUGGGGAAGGAUUCGAACUGA